AAAGUCCUCCUUUUUGCCAGCUAGAGAGAGACACACACACACACACACACACACACACACACACACACCCACACACAGCCAGAGAGUGAGCAAGACUACACCCUCCAGCACUUCUUCUUCUUCUCCACCCUUAUCACACACACACACACACACACACUUGUAGAAAGCCUCCAUUUGCAGCCGGCUGCUCCUGAGAGCUUCCCAACAGCAAGAAAAGAAGCCAGUGACUCACCGCAUCUGCCCCCGUCGCCAUGGAAACACCGAGCCAGAAGCGCAUGAGCCGCGGCGCAGCCUCCCCGGCCCGCAUCACCCGGCUGCAGGAGAAAGAGGAUCUGUGCAACCUCAACGACCGGCUGGCCGUCUACAUCGACAAGGUGCGCUCGCUGGAGGUGGAGAACGCCGGCCUGCGCCUGCGCAUCUCCGAGUCCGAGUCGUGCGUCAGCCGCGACCUCAGCGGCAUCAAGGCGGCCUACGAGAGCGAGCUGGCCGACGCCCGCAAGACCCUGGACCAGGUGGCCCGGGAGCGUGCCCGCCUGCAGCUGGAGCUGGGCAAGAUCAAGGAGGAGUACAAGGAGCUGAAAGCCAGGAACAGCAGGAAGGAGUCCGACCUGGAAGCGGCCCUGGCCCGCCUUCGAGACCUGGAGGCGCUGCUCAAUUCCAAAGAUGCCGCCCUCAGCACAGCUCUGGGGGAGAAGCGGGCCCUGGAGGCCGAGGUGAAGGACCUGAAGGCGCAGCUGGCCAAGUUGGACUUGGCCCUGGCGGACGCCAAGAGGCAGCUUCAUGACGAGAUGCUGAGGCGGGUGGACGCCGAGAACCGCCUGCAGACGCUGAAGGAGGAGCUGGAGUUCCAGAAGAACAUCUCCAACGAGGAGCUGCGCGAGUCCAAGCGGCGCUACGAGUCGCGCGUGGUGGACGUGGACGGCGGCCGGCAGAUCGAGUUCGAGAGCAAGCUGGCGGAGGCGCUGGCCGAGCUGAGGGCGCAGCACGAGGAGCAGGUGGGCUUCUACAAGGCGGAGCUGGAGAAGACCUUCAACUCCAAGCUGGAGAACGCCCGCCAGUCGGCCGACAGGAACAGCCACUUGGUGGGCGCCGCCCAUGAAGAGCUGCAGCAGACACGCAUGCGCAUGGAGAGCAUGUCAGGACAGCUGGGACAGCUGCAGAAGCAGCUGUCCCUGAGCGAGGCGAAGGUGCGCGAGCUGGAGGAGACGCUGAGCCGCGAGCGCGACCUGAUGCGCAGACGUCUGGAGGAGAAGGAGCGCGACAUGGCCGACAUGCGAGCUCGCCUGCAGAGGCAGCUGGACGAGUACCAGGAGCUGCUGGACAUCAAGCUGACGCUGGACAUGGAGAUCAGCGCCUACAGGAAGCUGCUGGAGGGCGAGGAGGAGAGGUUGCGUCUGUCGCCCAGCCCUACCCAAGCCAGGGUGACGGUGACCCGCACCUCCGGCUCCUCCCACAGCCGUCUGGCCCACGCCGGCGUCGGCGCCUCCAGCAGCCGCACCUCCUCGGGCACGGUGGUGGCCAAGAAGCGGCGCCUCAACGACAACGACAGCGAGGCCUCCAGCAUGGUGGGCGGCACCGUCACCAAGACGCGCAUCAGCCAGCACGCCUCGGCCAGCGGCCGCGUCACCGUGGACGAGGUGGACCUGGACGGGAAGUUUGUCCGACUCUGCAACAAAAGCGACGAGGACCAAUCGCUGGCCGGCUGGCAGGUGAGGAGAACGGUGGGAGGAGGCAACCCCAUCGUCUACAAGUUCCCACACAAGUUCAACCUGAAGGCUGGAGCCACCGUCACUAUCUGGGCGGUGUCCGGCGGUGGAAGCCACGCCCCCCCGUCUGACCUGCUGUGGAAGAGCCAGGACUCCUGGGGCAGCGGCGACCUCCUGCAGACGGUCCUGCUCAGCGCCAGCGGAGAGGAAAUGGCCGCCAGGAAGGUCACCCGCAGCCUCUUCCAGGAGGACGACGACGACAUGGGCGCUCACAGCACCAGCGGCGACAACGAGUACAACUUGCGCAGCCGCACCGUCAUCUGCGACUCCUGCGGACAGCCGUCUGACCGCGAUGGUUGCGGCGGCGGCGGAGGCGGGGCCGACGCCCUUGUGGGACAUUCCUUUUUCAUGGGCACUAACCAGCCCAGACAGAGUGGCGUCAGGCCUGAGAACUGCGUGAUGAUGUAACACAGACGUGAUGAUGUCACGCAGACGUGAUGAUGUCACGCAGACGUGAUGAUGUCACGCAGACGUGAUGAUGUCACACAGACGUGAUGAUGUCACGCAGACGUGAUGAUGUCACACAGACGUGGCCUCCUUCCUGCAGCAUCACUUCCACUGCUGGGAUCUUUCUGCUUUUCUAUCCACAUACUUAAAGGACCUUGCUCUGCGUGUAAUCCACCUAUGUUAUUGCAUGUGCUAAUGCUGCCACACACACACACACACACACACACACACACACACACACACACACACACACACACACACACACACACACACACACACACACACACACACACACACACACACACACACACACACACACACACACACAAACACACACACAAACACACACACACAGCUUUUUGUCCAGUUGAGGUAUACGUCAAACGCUGUCAAACGUCAACACGCACAGCCUCGUAGGAGAAGGUGCACGCACGCACGCACGCACGCACGCACGCACACAAACGUCAACAUGUGAAAGUGAAAGCAACCAAGCUCUUUGGUGACAUUGAUUCCAAGUGAAAUCCCUUGAAAGGACUUUAGUUCCAGGAUAGAAGUUGGACAAGCAGUGUUGUCUUCUCAGGUGUUCUGCUAAAUGUUUUUCAUGCAAAUUGUCUUUCAUUCAAAUGUGCUUUUCAAUGUCAUUUGUGUUUGUUUAGCAGAAUGUUGGCCACUAAUGUGUGUUCCCUAACACCAAAGAUGUGUCGUCACGGUAACCCUAUACUACAUGUUCAGUGCUGAUGGCGUUUGUCGUCACGGUAACCAGGGUGUGUCUUACUACAUGUUGAGUGCUGAUGCUGUUUGACAACAUUUUUGAUGAAGCAUGCAAACUGCCAACGUGCCUUCAGACGUCUUCUCUGGCUCGCUUUGCUUUUUUUCCUGGGUGGGAUGUGACUUAUUCAUUUUCUGUCCUGUAGUCAAGUAUAGCAAAGCAUUUAUGUCUCUUUUUUUCUUCACCAAAAGUGCCUUCCAGCCGUCUCCAAAGAUGUAGAAUUGACAAAGAGUUGACAAUUGAUGUAAACAUUGAAGGUUGUUUUCUGUCUGACUGAAACAUUUUGCCAUCCUGUCAGCGUCAGAUGAGUUGAUGACGUCGCUCUUUGAACAAGCCUUGAAGUCGUGAAUGUUUGAUGACGUCACUCUUUGAACAAGCCUUGAAGUCAUGAAUGUUUGAUGACGUCACUCUUUGAACAAGCCUUGAAGUCAUGAAUGUUCACACUUAAAACAACAUUCUCUCCCG